AUGCAACUCUCUUUACAGGUGAAACGUCUCACAAUGGGUCUACUACGCACAAAUGAAGAAUCUCGUCCACUUGUAAAUAACAUAACCCCAUCAACGAAUUGCACGACGAGCACUACAAAUUCCACAAUAAAACAAAGUCAGGCUGCAAGUAAUCAAGUCUACUCAAAUGGUUACAUCAACGAAGAAGCCUUUGAACCAGAGAAGUUCAUAGCAAGCAAAUUUGGUGACUCCUGUCGACAGUCACUGACUGCUAUACCCAUGCUAGACACGUUAAAUCUCAAUGACAACAGUGAGUUCAACUUAAAAAAACGUUACCUACGUGAAACGAGCAGUGCAAAUUCAAGUCCAAAAAUAUUUGCAAACCGUUUGCGUAUGAAUGCAGCAGUUAACACGAAAAAUAAUGUUUCAACAAGUUCCACAACAUAUACGAGCGGCGCAGAGGAAGAAGAUACAGAUCUUAAAGAUGCUUCCUGGUUUCAAGCGGGUAUCUCACGUGAUAUAGCAGAAGAAGUACUUUCAAGUAAGAGUCCAGGCGCUUUUUUAGUGCGCAAAAGUACAUCAAAGCCAGGCUGUUAUGCGUUAACACUGCGUGUACCUUCCCCACCUGGACCUAAGGUGGCCAAUUAUAUCAUUUUACGCACAACUCGAGGUUAUAAAAUAAAAGGUUUCCGUAAAGAGUUUACGUCACUGAAAACCCUCAUCACACAUCACUCGGUUAUGCCUGAACUACUGCCUGUACCAUUAGCAAUGCCGAGACCCACAAAUAUGACGUCUUCACGUCGAAAUUUGGAUGAUUUUGAUACUUAUGAUUCACUGCAAAUGCUCUUAAAAUAUUUACGCGCUAAAAACAUGGAAAACGAAUAAGAAAGAAGUAUUAUAGGGAAUGCUAAAAAAAAUUAAAUUUAAAUAUAAAGUUACCUCAAGAAAAGCAC